AUGAGCAAUCAGUACCAGGAGGAGGGCUGCUCCGAGAGGCCCGAGUGCAAAAGUAAAUCUCCAACUUUGCUCUCCUCCUACUGCAUCGACAGCAUCCUGGGCCGGAGGAGCCCAUGCAAAAUGCGGCUGCUGGGAGCCGCACAGAGCUUGCCCGCCCCGCUGGCCAGCCGCGCCGACCAGGAAAAGGCCGUGCAAGGCUCCCCCAAGGGCAGCAGCGCCCCGUUCGAGGCUGAGCUGCACCUGCCGCCCAAGCUGCGGCGCCUGUACGGCCCCGGCGGGGGCCGCCUCCUCCAGGGCGCCGCGGCGGCGGCGGCGGCAGCGGCGGCGGCGGCGGCGGCGGCAGCCACGGCCACAGCGGGCCCGCGGGGGGAGGCGCCGCCGCCGCCGCCACCGCCGCCGCCGAGCGCGCGGCCCGGGGAGCGGCCGGACGGGGCCGGGGCCGCUGUGGCCGCCGCCGCCGCGGCGGCCUGGGACACGCUCAAGAUCAGCCAGGCGCCGCAGGUGAGCAUCAGCCGCAGCAAGUCGUACCGCGAGAACGGGGCGCCCUUCGUGCCGCCGCCGCCCGCGCUGGACGAGCUUGGUGGCCCGGGGGGCGUCGCGCAUCCAGAUGAGCGCCUCGGCGCCGCCGGCGGCCCUGGCGGCGCCCCGGCGGCCGGCGGCGGCACGGGUGCCGAGGACGACGAGGAGGAGUUGCUGGAGGAUGAGGAGGACGAGGACGAGGAAGAGGAGCUGCUGGAGGACGACGAGGAGGAGUUGCUGGAAGACGAUGCCCGCGCGCUGCUCAAGGAGCCCCGGCGCUGCGCUGUGGCCGCCACCGGUUCAGUGGCCGCAGCCGCCGCCGCCGCCGCCGCCGCCGUGGCCACCGAGGGCGGGGAGCUGUCUCCCAAGGAAGAGCUGCUGCUGCACCCGGAGGACACCGAAGGCAAGGACGGUGAGGACAGCGUGUGCCUGUCUGCGGGCAGCGACUCGGAGGAGGGGCUGCUGAAGCGCAAACAGAGGCGCUACCGCACCACGUUCACCAGCUACCAGCUGGAGGAACUGGAGCGGGCCUUCCAGAAGACGCAUUACCCGGACGUCUUCACCAGGGAGGAACUGGCCAUGAGGCUGGACUUGACUGAGGCCCGAGUCCAGGUCUGGUUCCAGAACCGUCGGGCCAAGUGGCGCAAGCGCGAGAAGGCGGGCGCGCAGACCCACCCACCGGGGCUGCCUUUCCCCGGACCGCUCUCGGCCACGCACCCGCUCAGCCCCUACCUGGACGCCAGUCCCUUCCCCCCGCACCACCCCGCGCUCGACUCAGCCUGGACGGCCGCUGCCGCCGCCGCCGCCGCCGCCUUCCCGAGCCUACCUCCGCCGCCGGGCUCGGCCAGCCUGCCGCCCAGCGGGGCGCCGCUGGGCCUGAGCACUUUCCUCGGAGCCGCCGUGUUCCGGCACCCGGCCUUCAUCAGCCCGGCGUUUGGCAGGCUUUUUUCCACCAUGGCCCCGUUGACCAGCGCGUCGACCGCGGCCGCUCUCCUGAGACAGCCCGCACCGGCCGUGGAGGGCGCGGUGGCGUCGGGCGCGCUGGCCGACCCGGCCACGGCCGCCGCAGACAGACGCGCGUCUAGCAUAGCCGCGCUGAGGCUCAAGGCCAAGGAGCACGCCGCGCAGCUCACGCAGCUCAACAUCCUGCCGGGCACCAGCACGGGCAAGGAGGUGUGCUAAGGGCUCUCCUCCACCCUCACGCCCCGAAAGGUCACCUCACUCAGCACCACUCAAGACCAAAUGGAAACAGAGGACCAGCACACUCCCGA